UUUUAGAAUUUCGCUUAAAUGAUGAAAACGUAAUGAAUAAACGCAAGUUUAAUUCUUCGCCAGAGUGGUCAAUAUAAAAGAAAAAAAAUAAUUAAGAACAUUAUGCCACCAACGUAUAUUUCUUCACGUAUAUUACUUCCGAGGAAUGAUCCUCCUCCACCAGAACAGAGGGUCCAAAAGCCUUCAAACGGCUACAUUAUCUUUUUCAAGUUUUAUAAAAAAAUUUUGGAUAAAGAGUAUCCAAAAUUAACGUCGCAAGAAAAAGCAAUAAAAGCGGGGGAGAAAUGGAGACAUUUACCCGUUGACCUCAAGAAUUCAUUUAUUGAAUUCGCAAACAACGAACGUUUACUCAAGAAAGGUCCCCCAAGAACAAAAAUUGUACAACGUUCGGUAGAAAAUCCUCAGCCUAAAUCAGGUUUGAGAGUAAUUUUCGAUGAUCGUUGUCAUAAAGACGUACGUUUGAAUGACGAAAGUUCAAAUGAAAUCCCUUCGGAUGAAUGUGAUCAUUAUGAUAAAAUCUUUGAUCAAUAUAUUGACAAAGAUGCUUACAUUUAAGCAAUAUUCGUUUAUUUUUUAUUUUUUAAUAAUAUUUAAUUUUGUAGAUUAAUUAUGCUAAUUAAGAUUAUAAAAUUUUAAGAUUUUUUCACAUUUAUGUUAUUAAUU